UAAUUGAACAUUGUUUACAUUUUUCAGUGCAGUCGCAGGAAGGAAAGAUUCCCUUUUAAUGUGUUUGAAAUGCUUCAUACAAAACCACGUUCCAUUUUUUUUGUGUUAACUACUUUAUCACUUGAAUCAACCACUUUGUUUACAUCCAGUCAGGGUUACGGCCAUCACUUGACGCCAGCUGUUAUCGUCACAUGUCUAUUUUUUUUUUGGACAGAGUCUAUCCAACUGUUCCUGUGGCGCCACUGCACAUUUGUGUUAUGUUAUGUUAUGUUAAUAGCAUCAAUGGAUUUGUCCUAACAUGUUCUCGUUCUACCAGUCUAGCUUGUUUGCCCGUGGCUGGGAUUUGUCACCGCAACGCAACUUUUUUUUUGGGCAGAAGCGCUGGACAAGCUAAAAGACUGAAAACGGUGGUAAAUACCUUGAAUGGCAGAUAAACACACAUUGGGAGACGCUAGGACUAACUUUGCUGCUCCACUCUUGGAUGCUAAAGUUGACACAACCAAAGCGUUGUUGGAUGAGGCUGCAGGCAAACAUCAGUGGCCCAGAGCCGUGGCUCGCAAAUGGAUGCCCGUGUUGUUUGCGGGGACAUGCCUGCUGUACUGUGCCAGGAUGACCAUGCCUGUCUGUGCUGUCUCAAUGGCAGCCACGUUUCACUGGAGCAAGAUCGAUACCGGUCUUGCUUUGGGUGGAUUCUUCUGGGGCUACUCCUGCACGCAGAUUUUAGGAGGACAUGCAAGUGAUAAAAUCGGAGGGGAGCGAGUCCUGUUCUUCUCAGCAGCAUCGUGGGCCAUGAUCUCAGCUGCUACGCCCCAUCUGGCCCACUUGGGCAGUCACACCUUGGCUCUGAUGACCAUGGCAAGAGUCCUCAUGGGACUCGUACAAGGUGUAUUUUAUCCAUCUUUGGCCAGUUUGAUUGCACAGCGUGUAGCGGAAGGAGAAAAGGCCUUUUUAAUGAGCAUCAUGCAAAGUGGGUGCUUUCUUGGGAUAUUGAUUGCUGGUGGACUGGGCUCGCUGCUGUUGGACUGGUACAACUGGGAAAGUGCAUUUUAUGCUGUUGGUUUUCUGUCUGGACUCUGGGCGCUCAUUGUUUGGCAGUAUUUAUUGAAAGGUCAACCUUAUCCACCGCAGAGGGAAAGACCAAGUGACUCCCGAUCAAAGAGAUUUGCAAUAUUUUAUUUGCUGCGUCUCCUGAGGAAGCCAAGUGUCUGGGCCAUGGUUUUUGCUCACCUGUGCACAUGCGGUACUUCCUACAUUUUACUGUCGUGGAUGCCGACAUACUUCAAUGACGAAUAUCCGCAUGCUGCGACGUGGACGUACAACGUGUUUCCUUGGCUAGCAGGCAUUCCAGCAGCUCUUUGGGGUGGAUAUGUUUCGGAUUCACUCAUCAGCCAAGGAUACAGUGUUGCGUUUGUGAGAAAGACAAUGCAGUUCAUCGCCAUGGGUGCGUCAGGUGUUUUUGUCAUGCCGCUGGCUGGAAAGGUCUCCUUUCCCGUGGCGGUGAUGCUGCUUUCAGCUGCUAUGGCUUCCCUCUCCUUAACCAGCAGUGGAGCAUCUUUGAACGUCCAGGAUCUCACCCCAUCGUGUGCCGGUGCCCUCUUUGGUUUUAUGAAUAUGCUGGGUUCCUUCAUGGGCGUGGUGAUGGUCUCACUGACGGGUUACCUCAUUGAAGUCACACAGUCGUGGGCGGCAGUUUUCUCCCUCAUCACCGCUGUCCACGUCGUCGGUGUCGGAGUCUUCCUCUACUUUGGGGACGCUCAACGUGUCGACUUGGAAAAUCCCAAGUCAUUGAUGUGACGCUCGUGGACAUCCGCAACGCUGUUGUCUGAUUCUGGUCCACGUCACAGCGUAUAUUAUCCCAUGGACGGAUGGUCUCCUCUCUGGAGAAAGAACUCAAUAGGAUUAAGGAAAGGAACACUAUGAACAUUCCAAGAAAUUCAUACAUGGUAUUCAUGGUAUUAUGUUCCGGACUUAUUUUUGACAAUUGAACAGAAUAUUGUGUGUAUUGUGAUGACUUAAAGAAUGAAAUGCCGAAUGAAUAGUGUAACUGUGCUAACUAAAUGAAUGAGAAAUUCAAUUCUGUUGUGAACACGUUUGUCCAUGUUACUUUGUUUCGAGAAAUGAGCCAAACCAAUGGAGAAAAUGUAACAUACCUACCUGGAUACCAAUCAAUUUUGGUAAAGAUAUGUAUUAAAAUGACACAAAGUAGUAGUUAUUAUAUCAAGAGUAGCUGCAGUUGGGUGACGCCACCACAAACAAUACCAAUUAACCGAUUUUACCAGUUUUACCAGUACAAUAUGUUCAAUGCAUUAACGAAAGGUGUGCCAAUUAAGUUGACAAGAAAGAAAUAAAGUCACAAUAACAGGUAAGUAUAUCUUUAAUAAUGAAUAUGAUCAAAUCUAAGAACGUGAUAGUGACCUCUGAUACAAUUUAAUUCAAGGGUGACAUUAUUAUUUUUUUUAUUUUUUGCAUAACUUCUUCUAUAAUCCAAUACUGUUAUAUAGCUCUGGUUGCACCGCAGUCAUACUCCCUCGCUUUACUGUAACGCUCAUUCAAACACACACACACACACACACACACAAAGACAGAAUACAGCAAGUUAUUAGAAAAAAAAAACAAAAAAAAAACAUCACAAACAUAUAGCAUAUAGGCUAGUCUCCGGGUGUCCGUACACUAAGAAUAAAUCAGUUAAGUAUAAUGCUACAGUUAAAUGUUUUGAGGCGUUUGCAGUUAGAAAUGCCAGUACAUUAAAGC